CCACGUCCGAUCUUCAAAUCUCUGCACCCGCUCCCAUUUCUCUCUCUCUCUCUCUCUCUCCUUGAAGCUUCUCCUUUCAAAGUUCAAUCGUACUUAUAAAUCGAUAUUUAAAACCCUAGUUGAUAGAUAUAGGUUAAUAAUCUACAAGAAGAAAGGGGAAAAAAUGGGUACUCUGUUGGUUUCGUCGUCUGUACAGAAAACCUUCCACCACCAUCAUUAUCAUCAUCGGUCCAAUCUCUGGUGUGGUUCUGCAAUUUCGUCCAGUUCAUCGACUCACCCCCAGUGCGUGGUAUUACCGUGGCGGCGUCAUUCGAAUUUUCUAAACCCUUCCUUGUUCAGCAAAGUGCUGAAGUUCAAUGCCAGUGUUCCUGUAAGGAUCAGCAGAGGAAGCAAGUCAAUGAGCAUUCGAAUGGCAUGGGAUGGCCCUCUCUCUUCCGUCAAAUUGAUCCUCCAAGGCAAAAACCUCGAGUUAGCUCCUACUAUAAAGACCCAUGUGGAAGAGAAGGUUGGAAAGGCGGUUCAAAAGCAUAGCCAUUUAGUGCGGGAAGUCGAUGUUAGAUUGUCAGUUCGAGGUGGGGAGUUUGGGAAAGGCCCCAAGAUUCGGAGAUGUGAGGUGACUUUGUUUACGAAGAAACAUGGAGUGAUUCGAGCUGAGGAAGAUGGAGAGACGCUAUAUGAAAGUAUAGAUUUGGUGUCAUCAAUUAUACAGAGGAAGUUGAGGAAAAUUAAGGAGAAGGAUUCGGACCAUGGUCGGCACAUGAAGGGAUUUGAUAGACUCAAGGUGAGGGACCCUGGGGUACUAGUCGCAGAAAAGGUUACAGAGCCAGAUGAAGAUGAAAAAGAUUUCAUGGCUGAGGUGGUUCGCACAAAAUACUUUGACAUGCCACCUUUGACGGUCACUGAAGCAAUUGACCAGCUGGAAAAUGUCGAUCAUGACUUCUAUGGAUUUCGAAAUGAAGAAACUGGUGAGAUUAAUAUACUGUACAAAAGAGAAGCUGGAGGUUAUGGGCUUAUUAUCCCCAAGGAAAAUGGUAAAGAUUAGAAAUUGGAGCCUGUAGUGGUGGAACCAGCCAGUGAACCAUCCUUUGCGGAAUAGAUGCAUUUGGUGUAGGAUGACAAAACGAAGGCUACGAUAUACUCAGUGGUUUUGAGGGGUAUUUUCCACAAGAAUGAUUUUGUGGCACACUGGAGUAGCUAUGAUUUCAGUUUGUAUGUAGAUUUGUAAUGGAGCCAAGAUCCAAUUUAGGGAAUACAGACCUUUAAAUGUGCAAGGAAGUUUGUUUGGCACAUGACUGCCCCAGAAAUAGGGACCCAAAAUUUGUAUAUUCAUCACUGAAUGCAAUUACAAGUAAACAAUAUUAUAUCUAGAACAAUGCAAUGCGUACUAAUCAUUUAUCAAAUUUUGUAUCUCAAAUCAAUAUAGAU